UCCGCGCCGGCGGCGGACCCGGGGAGUGCGGCCCGGCCCGGUCCGAGCGGCGACACCGGAACCGCAGCGACAGCCGCAGGUGUUCUCACGGUCAUCUGCAUCUCAGCACGAAGCUUGGCUGGCAGCACCAUGAGCUGCAAGGGGCAGAUGCCCGCUGGGUUGAACGCACUGUGGCUGAAAACCAAAGCGUGGUGACGUGGUGUGCAGUCCUUGCACAGCAGGACAGGAUGCGGGUCACCAUGCGGCGGGUGCUGCUGGCGGUGGGCUCGGUGGUGGCCCUGAUGGUGACGCUGCACCUCGGCCAGCAGGUCCUGGAGUGCCAGCAGGUGCUGAGCAAGAGGAGGCACAGGCUGAUGAGACCCGAGAAUGAGGAGCUGGUCAUGGUGGACUCCAACCACGUGGAGUACCGUUACAGCAAGGAGAUGCCCCUCAUCUUCAUCGGCGGAGUCCCCCGCAGCGGCACCACGCUGAUGAGGGCCAUGCUGGAUGCCCACCCAGAGGUGCGCUGCGGGGAGGAGACCCGCAUCAUCCCCCGCGUGCUGGCCAUGCGGCAGGCCUGGUCCAAGUCGGGGCGAGAGAAGAUGCGGCUGGACGAGGCUGGGGUGACGGACCAGGUGUUGGAUGCUGCCAUGCAAGCCUUUAUCCUGGAGGUGAUCGCCAAGCACGGCGAGCCGGCCAGGUAUCUGUGCAACAAGGACCCAUUCACCUUGAAGUCCUCUGUCUACCUGUCCAGGCUGUUUCCCAAUUCCAAGUUCCUCCUGAUGGUUCGAGACGGCCGUGCUUCGGUCCACUCCAUGAUCACACGGAAGGUGACAAUAGCAGGCUUUGACCUGAACAGCUACCGGGACUGCCUGACCAAGUGGAACAAGGCCAUCGAGGUGAUGUACUCCCAAUGCCUGGAGAUCGGGCGCUCUCGCUGCCUGCCCGUCUACUACGAGCAGCUGGUGCUGCACCCCGAGCAGUCCAUGCAUGCCAUCAUGAAGUUCCUGGGUAUCUCCUGGAGUGACACCGUGCUGCACCAUGAGGAGCUCAUAGGGAAGCCUGGCGGAGUGUCUCUUUCCAAGAUAGAAAGAUCAACGGACCAGGUUAUCAAGCCAGUGAACAUGGAGGCAUUAUCUAAAUGGAUUGGACACAUUCCAGGGGAUGUACUGCAGGACAUGGCCCACAUAGCACCCAUGCUUGCCAGGCUUGGCUAUGACCCGUAUGCCAAUCCACCCAACUAUGGCCACCCAGAUCCACUUGUUGUCAACAACACGCACAGGGUUUUAAAGGGGGAUUAUAAAACGCCAGCCAACUUGAAAGGCCAUCUGCAGGUGACUCAGAACACGUCAUCUUCUCACUAAUUAAUGAUUUCCAGGCUGCUGCGAACGGCCCUGGGUGGCCCUGCAAAGAAGAGUUUGCAGUUGCACCGGUGGAGAUCUGUUAUCCAAGCAUAUUGCUUGCUAAUAUUGCCAAAAUGACUGCCGUGCGAGGAAUGUAUUUGCAUUUAUUUGCAAAGGCCAAACGUUGUACACUUCGAUACCACUCGUCUCCCUUUGCUGGAUGCUCCGUGGUGAAAAAUCUGUGGAAGUGAAGAUCGACUGAACCUUCAAAGUGCAUUGGAAAGAGAUUUUCUAUUCAAUUCCCGGAGAACAUUUUAGAGCCGUAUUUCACUGUCUCGUAAUGCUGUUCCUUAAUGUGCAGAUCAGAAUAGGUGUCAUAACCGUGUAGAGCAUUUGUUGUACAGGUGACAAACCGGGACUCCCUCUUCAAUCACUUGUCAUUGACAGAUUCUAUUUAAGAAUUAAUAUAUGAGGUCAUUCGUUUCA